CGAUGUGCAUUCCAACGAUUCGCUGCAACAAACGCGGAUAUAUUUCGUAGAGAUCGAGAAAACCGGAAACUACCCUGUAGACGGAUCCAACAGGUGUGAACCUUCGGUGAACUUAUUCUUUCGAUCGAUCCAUCCUAUUUCUUUUCCGAUCAUUUUUUUCUCUUUCUCUUCGUAUCUUUACCAUUUCUCUCAUUAGCUCUACUUGGAAAGUUACUAUUUUCGGCAAGAGAAUUCAAGAAAAUAAUCAGCGGUGGGGUCAAACGAAAGGAAUCUUAAAAAGGCCAAAGAAGUGGAACGAACUCGUCGAUCUACUCUCGUCGUUCAUCGAGGGACAGACCUCAAGGAUUUCGAUCUUUCCGUGUCUUUUAAAAGAUCAACGAUGAAUCUCGAAGAAUAUCGUAAACACGGAAAGGAAAUGGUGGAUUAUAUCGCCGAUUAUCUUGAAAAUAUUCGUUCGAGACGAGUAUACCCAGCCGUGUCACCAGGCUAUCUGAGAAACAUUCUACCUGCAUCAGCACCGGUCGAUGGGGAACCAUGGGAGGAUAUAUUUUCUGACAUCGAGAGAUGCAUUAUGCCAGGUGUAACUCAUUGGCAAAGUCCUCAUAUGCAUGCUUACUUUCCGGCACUGAACUCUCCGACGAGUAUGUUAGGCGACAUGUUGGCCGACGCUAUUAAUUGUCUCGGUUUCACUUGGGCUUCGAGCCCAGUGUGUACCGAAUUAGAAACGAUCGUGAUGAAUUGGCUUGGUAAGAUGAUAGGUUUGCCUGAACAAUUUAUGCAUCGGCCUGGUGUGAUGAACGGUGGCGGAGGUGUCAUCCAAACUACUGCAUCCGACUCCACUCUUGUCUCCCUUCUUGCGGCAAGAGCUCGUGCGAUUAGAGACGUUCAAGAAAGCGAACCCAAUGAAUCGAGCGCAAAUAUCAACUCGCGCCUCGUCGCUUAUUGUUCCGAUCAGGCGCACUCGAGCGUGGAAAAGGCUGGACUUAUCGGAUUAGUAAAAAUGAGGUACAUCGAAUCGGAUGCGGAUCUUAGCAUGAGAGGCGAAGCUCUUGAAAAAGCUUUGGCUCGUGAUCGAGCUGACGGUUUGCUUCCGUUUUUCGUGUGCGUGACUUUGGGUACAACCGGUGCAUGUUCCUUCGACAAUCUUAUGGAAGUGGGCCCGAUAUGCGAAAAGAAUGGUUUAUGGUUGCACAUCGAUGCUGCCUAUGCCGGAAGCGCCUUUAUCUGUCCGGAAUUUCGUGGUUGGCUUCAAGGAAUCGAAUAUGCCGAUUCUUUCGCUUUCAAUCCAAGCAAAUGGUUGAUGGUUCAUUUCGAUUGUACCGCUAUGUGGGUGAAAAAUAGCCAGGCUCUCCACAGAACUUUCAACGUGGAUCCUAUUUAUCUAAAGCACGAAAAUUCCGGACUCGCCAUUGAUUUCAUGCACUGGCAAAUACCGUUGUCAAAGAGAUUCAGAGCACUCAAACUUUGGUUUGUCAUCAGGAAUUACGGGAUUAGUGGACUUCAGAAGCACAUACGAGAGGGAGUAAGAUUAGCACAAAAGUUUGAGGCUUUGGUACUGGCUGAUCCACGUUUUGAAAUUCCUGCUACGAGGCAUUUAGGAAUGGUUGUAUUUCGUUUGCGAGGUGAGAACAACUCGACUGAAAGAUUGUUAAAGAAAAUGAAUUCUCGUGGUCGUGUGCAUUGCGUACCUGCUGCACUUCAUGGAAAAUACGUCAUCAGAUUCACUGUCACUUCGACCAAUACCACCAACGAGGACAUAUUGAAGGAUUGGGCAGAAAUAAGGAACACGGCUAAUGAAAUUUUAGGUGACAGUUCUGGUUCACCAGUAAGAGCAAGAGUUCCGUUGGCAGAUACGCGCGAGAAGAACGAAAAUUUCGGUUCCAGUUUGUUGUUAGCUAAUUCACCGAUGUCACCGAAGAUUGUUAAUGGCAGUUUCGCAGCCAUAUACGACGCCACCGAUGUUUUCGAGGAAUGCAUGAAGAACUUUGGACAGCUACGAGUCGAGGCAAAGGAUAGUCCAGAUUCUCGCAUGGAUCUCGUUCAAGGCUACGUGUGUUGUGGACGAUCAGCAGGACCAUCUACCGAUCUUCCUCAAAUGAAAGAGGACGAAGACGGUCUAGUCACCGUUGAAUCUACUAUAAGCAUCGACAAAAUCGACUCUACUUACAACGAUAUUUCUCGAGAGAACUCUAUGUUACUAUCGGAUCUUGAUGAAUCGUAUGAUAACAACUCGAAGAAGGAGAUAGCGAAAGCUCACUCGGGCUACGGAAUAGCUAAUGGUUCGGUUGUCAAGCAAGAAAACGAAGGUCAAGACGUUUCGUCCAUGCCAUCCGGGGAGAAGGGUAUACCUAGAAGCGAAACGAUCGGUGCGAUAGGACAUCGACCUUACACGGGUGAGCUCGUACCUUCACGUUUUCGAUCGGAGAAACCGAUCAAGGACAAAGAAGAGAUCGACAACGACGGUAGUGAUGACGACGUUGGUGACGAAGACGGCAGGCUCUGUCAAAAGUGUGGUCAUUCUUUCAAACCUCAGUAAAUCUCUCUUCCCUUCCUGUUAUUUUUUUUUUUUUUUUUUUGUUCAUCUCGUUACGAAACACGACGUAGAUCGUCGAUUUGAAGAGUCAUGAAAAUGUUAACGCGUGUAAGAUUAUCUUUUCGUUUCUAUUUGCUCUCUCUCUCUCUCUCCCUCUCUCACUAUCUCUCUUUCUCUGUCAGUCUAUUUAUCUAGCUAUCGCUAUCUAUUUAACUUUAAAUGGAUUUUUCGUCGUUCCUAAAUCGACGUACGAUCGUUCAAAUAAGCCGUAGAAGCAAACGAAGAAUAUCGAUUGCAGCAAUAAAACAUGUUGAAUGCCGUAGUUAGACGAAAAGCAAACAUCUCUCUCUUUUACUUUUAUUCUAAUGUACAUACAUACCCUCUCGUCCAUUCGCAAUGUUGAUCGUCAUUGAUCGAUUCCUGUAAGAGCGUGGAUAUUAAAUGUUUUGU